AUGAUGUUAGAAAGGGCAAACGAUUUGGGGUUGUUCAAGGGGGCCAUCAUUGGGCAUUCAGGGCUGAAAGUAUCACAUCUCCAAUUUGCCAAUGACACCAUAAUAUUCUGUGAAGCGGAGUGGGAAGAGAUAGUGAAUAUCAAAAGAAUGCUUAGGUGUUUUGAAGUAAUGUCGAGCCUUAAGAUAAACUUUCAUAAGAGUGUGGUGUGUGGCAUUGGAAUUAAUGAUGAGUUACCUCAUGUUUACACUUCUAAACUCUAUUGCUUGUGUCAGAAAUUACCCCAUAAGUACUCAGGAUUACCACUUGGGGCUAAUCCAAGAAGAAAGAAAACUUUGCAACUUGUGGUGGAGAAGAUCAAAGCUAAACUAGCACUGUGGAAGAGGAAAAUGCUUUCAUUUACUGGUAGGUUAAAUUUGAUUAAGUUUGUUUUUGAUAGCUUACUCACUUACUACCUGCCCAUCUUCAAAUUACCUAAAAGAGUAGCUAAGGAAAUUGAAAAACCGUAG